AUGGGUCUUGCAGGUCCUAGGAACCGGCGAAAGCUCCAGCAUGAUCCGAAUAAUACGAAAUGGAGCCGUGACGAGACGACCUUCGGUCAGAAGAUUCUGCGAGCACAUGGUUGGGAGCCGGGGAAGUUUCUAGGGGCGCAAAAUGCCUCUCACUCUCAUUUACACACGGCCGCGAGCGCCGCGCCUAUCAAUGUCCUCUUAAAAGACGAUACCAUGGGUUUAGGAGCGAAGCCCCGGCACAAACAAAACACCGAAUGCACUGGCCUCGAUGUCUUCAAAGAUCUCCUCGGUAGACUGAACGGGAAGUCCGAAGAGGUAAUUGAGAAAGAGAAGAGGGUGAAGUCAGAAGUUAAGACUUGCUUGUACGUAGAGAGGAAAUACGGCUCUAUGAGAUUUGUCAGUGGAGGCCUCUUGGUUGGAGACCAGAUGGCGGGAUUGACCAGUACGACCACCAAAGCUGAAACUCCCACGGAGGAUGUGAAGGAUGAGGAUAUCAAGGAGGAAUCAACCACCUUGUUGGAAGACGUUCCUGAUCGUCCCGUGAAGAAACAGAAGAAGGAAAAGAAAUCCAAGAAAAGGAAAGCGGAGGACGUCGACUCUACGGAUGAGACUGACGCCGUCUCCGAAAAGAAGCGAAAGAAGCAGUCAAAGGACGACGCCCCGCAGGAUGACUUGGCCAGAACGGUAGAAGCUGAAAGCUCUAGCAAAAAGAAGAAAUCCAAGAAGUCUAAGCGGAAUGAUACAGAAGGACCAGAGCUACUCGAGUCGGAGAAAAAGAAGAAGAGCAAAAAACCAAAGAAGGAUGCUGGGCGCGAGACUGAGAACGAUGACUCGCCUAUUCUAUCAGAAGAGACCGGGACAGAAAAGUCUAAAUCAAAGAAAGAGAAGAAAGAGAAGCAUAAGAAGGAUAAGAAGCAAAAACAGUCGAAUUCGUCAACGGAUGUAUCUACUUUAGCAGACACUCCAACUCCUACGUUCAGCGCUACCCCUCAAGAGAGUGGCACGUCGACACCUAUUGAGACGGGCACUUCAACCCCUCGACCACUUUCUGGACGGCAUUUGGCUCGAUCCCGCCACAUUGCAUCGAAACGGAUGGCUAUAGCCGAUUUGCAAGCAAUGAAUCAAAUUUUCAUGGUGAAACCGGUUUGA